AGUCAUGUGUUUGAAUCAUGGACGAUGGGGUUAAAUUGUUCACCGUGGAUGCAUUUACAGCGGUUCCCUUUAAAGGAAACCCUGCUGCUGUUUGUUUGAUCGAAAAUAAUGAUUUAGUUCCAGAUGAUAUGAAACAAAAGAUUGCCACAGAAAUGAACUUGUCAGAAACUGCUUUUGUUUUAAAACUGAUGCCAGAUGAUGAAUUUAAAACAGCAUCAAAAUUUCUUUUGCAAUGGUUCACUCCAACAAAUGAGGUCCCUUUGUGUGGACAUGCAACAUUAGCAUCAGCUGCUGUACUCUUUAACUGUUAUGGAAAUAAAUCAGAAGUUUUAGCUUUUGAGACUCUCAGUGGAACACUUUAUGCUUCUAGACAAGAACAGAAAGUGUUCAUAGACCUUCCUCUGAAUUCUCCAGAACCAAUGAUUCCUGAUGAAAUAGAAAAGCUUUUAGAGUUGACUAUAGGUAAUAAUGUUCCAUACCAAGAUUUGCAGUACUCACACACUACCAAAAAAUUACUCAUAAGGCUGAAAGAUUGUGUUACCAGGAAAGAACUGGAAAAUUUGACUCCUCAAACUGAGCUGAUGGUUGAUGCUGUACCAAGUGGAAAAGUGAAAGGUGUUAUUAUUACUCUUCGUGGUUUCCCUGAAAAUGGCUGUUCUAGUCAAGAUGGAAAGACCUAUGACUUUGUAUCUCGUUAUUUUGCACCUUGGAAUGGAAUUGAUGAGGACCCAGUAACUGGUUCAGCUCACACUGUACUAGGUCCCUACUGGUCUAAAGAACUUAAUAAGACACCUUUAUAUGCUCAUCAAUGCUCAGCAAGAGGAGGAGAUUUGUAUGUGAAUGUUCGAAGUGAUGGAAGAGUGGACAUAGGCGGAGAUGCUGUCAUUGUUCUAAAAGCGAAGCUAUUCUGUCACUAAAGGCUGAUCAUGCUUAAGCAUUGUGAAAUCCAGACCUUGUGUAAUUUUUAAUACAUUUGCAUGUUGAUAUACAAUUGAUGGAGUGGUACAAAUGCUUAUAUCACAAUGUAUCAGAUUCUCAAUUUUUUAAUGCAUUUAAAAGUAGUUGAUAUGAAAUGAAUAUAACACGUUGGAAUUUCAUAGUUUUAUUUAUAGCUAAUCAGACAACAUGUCAAGCUAACUAUAAAGUAAAGUUCAAUAAUUGUAUUACCUUCUUGUUUAACUUGUGUAGUUGUAGUUUUGUUAAGAAGUUCAUAUAGUGAAAAUAACCCUAAUUAUUACUCUGAAUUUUUAAUAAUAGGUAGCACUUUUCUGUACUUCUCAUCUGUUGAGCUGUUUUUCUCUUAUACUGUCAAUGUUUGUUUUGAUAUGAAGUGGUAAUUUUCAGUAAUCAUCUGUUGAUCUAUUAGUGUCUGAUUCUUUCAACCUACUUUCUUUAUAUGUUCAUCAGUUGAAUUGUUUCUAUAUUAUACUCACACCACCUAUUUUAUAUAUAAAUGGUGUUUUUAGUUCUCUUUUACUCACCACAAGGAAACCUAUAUUUAUAUAGGAUUUGCAGAAUAUGUAGCAUUUAUGUUGCUAAUAUAUUCUGAAUUAUUCAGCUGACAAGCUAUUUAAAAUAGUUAAAAAUAGAAGUUCAAUCUAUCAUUUGAUUCAACACUUCUCACUGAGUUAUAUUGGUUUUAGGAUACUAUAUACAGCAUUAGUUUGAGGAGUAUAUUUUACUAAAUUACAACUGUGUGCAUAUAAAAACAACUGUGUUGAACUUGGAGUUAGGUGGCUUUUUAAAACAUCCAUGAAUCCAACUAUAAGUAUUUUGGAACCAAAGUACAAUGCUACAAAUGUGAAGUUGUGCAAUAUUUUUAUAUAUCUGUCUACAUGAAUUUACAAGUAUGUGUAUAUGUGUGAGUAUAUAUAGGGAGAGAGAGCCUUUAACAUUAACAGCUAAAUGUGGUUGCUGUGUUCUGUUUAAUUUUAAUUCAUUCACUAUUUUACACAGAGAAUAUAAUGUCUAUUCUCUAAAGCAUAUUUUUGGGAAUUACCAAAAAAUAUUUGCAGUAUUGCUUUUCUUUUGGGGCAGUUAAUUUUAAAAUAUAUCUAUAUAGCUAUAGUUGCAUCAUUCACCUUAAUUUUUUUUAAUACCUAACUAAAACUAAUUGUGAUCUAGAUUUCUAAAAUAUAAAAACUAGACAAAUGUUAAUAAAAAAAACUCUUCCAAAAAUUCUGAAUAUCCGAGACUGACAUAUUUUGGCAGAUUAUAUAUUCAAGUACUUCUGAAAAAUUGCAGUAUAAACUGUAUGUGUUUUGUGUAAUAAAUGUAAAAACAUUAAAAUUUAUGUUUUGCAUAAAAAAGUAAUAAAUGUAUCUUUAAUA